UUGGUCUCACCUUCCCGAUGUUCCUGAAGCGGACCAGCGGGUCAGAGAGGCACAGCACGACCCUGAACCCAAUCGCCCAGGGCCUGUGCACCCUGCACAAUGUGGCUUGCAGGGAUAUCCGGAGCUCAGAACAGAGGCUGCGCCAGGCUUGCCACGGCCUCAGGAAGUCCGCCCUGGCCAACAGCUACCGGAAGAUGAACGCGUCCCCGGCUGUCCCCAGCCUCAGGGGCUUUGAGGCGGAGACGGAGGAGAUGAGGAGGGCGUUCUUCGCGCGGCCUGGCUGCCCUCAGUUCUGCACCAAGGCCACCUCUGUGUCCCACCUGGAUACGGCGUCCUCCAUUGAUCUGCCCAGGCUGGGUGUCGAGGACUGGCUCCUGGGCCGGCAGGACUCGGACCGGAGCGUGGACGGACAAGUCCUGGGCAGCAAGAGCGCCUGCGAGCUCAGCUUGAGGAGGAGGAGCUCGGCCCAGACCCUGAGCCCUGUGUCCAGCUCCACAGUCCCCAGCCAGAGGCUGCCCUGGUACAUCUCGGUCAUCCACGAGAAGGAGCGCUCCCUGCUGGUGCUGGGAGAAGAGGUCCGGCGCUUCUCAGAGCUAGAGGGGAAGCUGCAGGAGAAAGACCAGGAGAUCCUGGCGCUGCAGCGGGAGAUGGAGGCCCUGCGGAAGCAGCUGAAAUGCAUCCUGCGGAGCAAGGGCCUCGAGACAUCGCCAUUCCCGUCCCGGAGGGAGUCGCCCUUGGAGGAUGGGCUGGCACUGGGGAGGCUGAGCUUCCUGAAGCCCCACAUGGAGCAGGAGGACCUGCAGCUCCCUGAGCAGCCACAAGAAGAGGACACCCAGGCCGAGUUCAGCAGGGAGCUGUCCCUGCAGCUGGGUGGUGGUGAGGAGGACCAGGCCCCCGGUGCAGAGCCCAAGGUGGCCGGGGACGGCGGAGCAAGGGACAGUGCCGGCAGAGCGGGGAUCGUGCAGGAGGAGGCCGCAGCAGACGAGGAGCGGGGGAAGGAGUUGGAGGAGGACGACGAGGAGGAGGACCUGACCCAGGAAGGGGACAGCUCCUGGGGACGGGGCUUCUCGAUGACCGAGUCCUUUGAGGACGAGCUCCUGGCCCAGCUGGAGGAGUACGAGCGCCUGAUGCUGGAGUUCCACAGCGAGCUGGACGCCACGCGGAUCGGAUACUGCCUCGCCGUAGGAACCACGGGGUCCUUGCAGCGGCAGCUGGCUUACCAAGAGUCCCAGAUGGGGAAGGUCGUCAUGGAAAACGAGGCCCUGCAGAAGGAGCUCCGUGAGCGGAAGCAGCAGCUGCAGGCCAUGUCCGACAAGUUCUCCAGGCUCCGGGAAGACAAGAAGCACCUGGAGAUGAUGGGGCACAUUGAGAAGGACAACCUCGACCUCCGCCAGCGCGUGUCAGACCUGGAGAGCGAGCUCGCCAAGCGGGACCUCACCAUUGCGGAGAUGAUCUCCAAGGUCAGCGAGCUGCAGGCGCAGCUCAGCCUGGAGCAGGAGCACGUGCAGCGGUGGAAGCAGCUGCAGGAGGACGUGCGGAGCAGGAACGAGGCCGUCCAACAGUCAGAGCAGCAGGCCCGCGUGGCCCUGGAGAGCGCCCAGGCCCGGGUAUGCCCGGCGCCACUGGGGUCCGCUGGAUCCUUUUCUCGGCCUGGCGUCACAGUUCUGAAAUCUUUAGAGCAGACAGAUACUCCCUAAAGAUGAACAUUGCUGUAUGCAGAGCUCCGAGGAGAGUGACCCACAUCUCACAGCAACCAAGGGUACAAAUCGGAAGGCAAACUUGGUUCUGCUUGUAGUCACCAAUCGGGCGUCUGCAGGGCAAGGGUUAAGUCACACAGCAAAAAUGGCUUUCAGGGCCCCACUGCCACAGGAGAAAACACAGGUCGUGCUUUUAAUGGGCAGAGGAAGGGCCCAGGGCUCUGCUUUCCUCCCUGUCCCUGCAGUGAUCUCUGCUGUGUUACUGUCCUUGCAGACUGAGAUGGGGACUUGAGGAUUUGGUGCUGAUUGGGGAGUGUAGGGACCCAGGCUGGGCACCCUAGGGCCCACCUCUGCUGGUGCAUAGGCCAAGCCCCUCAUUUUCUCCACACUGCUGGCACGGAGCAUGGUGCUUGGGAAGCAUUGGUCACCUAAUACGUCCUGGGGAGGAAAGGACUCCUCUUCAGUCAAGUCCAGGGAUGUGACUGUCCCUUAAACCUGCCCAACAGGCAAAACAGCAUUGUGGGGCCCCUGGCGGCACCAGGUCCCCGUGUGGGCUCCCUGGGCACCUCUGCACUCGGAGCCCUGGAUGUGGAAGGGCAAGGAGUUGGUGGGGUGCCUGGGAUGGGGGACCUGUCUAGGGCCCCUGGCUGUGGGGUGGAGGGGUGCCCUGUGGUUUCACAGUGGCGAUGAGCUUGCCCAGGUGGGAGCAGACUGGCAAACCUCAACCACACACUCCCAAGGGCUUUGCGAGUCCUCCCGGGGUACAGCACGGUGCCCUGGGUCAUGAAGAGGGAGGGCCAGGAGCCCAUGGGUGGGGUUCUGCCAACCAAUGUUCAAGGACAAAACCCAGGGCCAGCCGAGCUCCCCACCUGCAGUGUGUCUGCAGAGCUCGAGGGCGAGGACAGUGGCCUGGGUCGCGUGCAGCUUCCCUCCGUUGGUCUUAAACCAUGUGCGGUUGUGCUUUUCCAGCUUACAGACAGGCGAGGAGUCGGUCGUGGAGGGCCUCCCACCAGCUGGGUGUCGUCCCCACUUCCCAGCGCCCAGGCGCCCAGGAGAUUCCACCUCUUGGGCCCCUGUCCAGUCCUAAGGCCAUGACGGGCAAGGCCAGGAUGUUCCUUCUGGGCCCUCGGGCCCUGCACAUGGCGCCAACGUGGCGUCGCCCUGGGGUGACUGCGUCG